AUGAGAGCCUCUGUCCUGCCAGUCUUGAUAGCAAUCAGCCCCGCGCUCGCGGGGUUCGACACCUGGUCCCCCCCUGGACCGUAUGACGUCCGAGCCCCGUGUCCCAUGCUGAACACGCUGGCAAACCACGGCUUCCUGCCCCACGACGGCAAGGACAUCACCAGGGAGCAGACCGAGAACGCCCUGUUUGAGGCCCUCCACAUCAACAAGACGCUGGCCAGCUUCCUCUUCGAUUUCGCACUCACCACCAACCCCAAGAACACGAGCACUUUCUCGCUCAACGACCUCGGAAACCACAACAUCCUCGAGCACGACGCGAGUCUGAGCCGGGCCGACGCGUAUUUUGGCAAUGUCCUGCAGUUCAACCAGACCGUCUUCGACGAGACCAAGACGUACUGGGAGGGUGACACGAUCGAUCUCAGGAUGGCCGCCAAGGCGAGACUCGGCCGGAUCAAGACCUCCCAGGCGACCAACCCGACCUACUCGAUGUCGGAGCUCGGCGACGCCUUUACCUACGGCGAGUCGGCCGCCUACGUCGUCGUGCUGGGCGACAAGGAGUCGCGCACCGUCAAGAGGUCCUGGGUGGAAUGGUUCUUUGAGCAUGAGCAGCUGCCUCAACAUCUUGGCUGGAAGAGGCCGGCCGCGUCCUUUGAGGAGGAGGACCUGAACAGUUCCAUGGAGGAAAUCGAGAAAUACACAAAGGAGCUUGAGGGAUCGAACAGCACGUCAGGCUCUCAGAAGCACCGUCGUCGGUUACCCCGCCGUCGCGCCCACUUUGGUUUCUAA